AUGCACUUCACUGCCCCCUCUGUUGCCAUCCUGGCCCUCGCUGCCGGUGUCUCUGCUGGCAUUGCCAACAAGCAGAACGAGCCCCCUGCCCACGGCGGCAAGAGCGUCGGCAAGCACCAGGCUACCGGUGCCACCGGUAUCCAUACCGGUAUCCAUACCGGUGUCUCUACCGGCACCCACCCCAUCAUCACCGGUACCCCCAACAACGGCACCCACGGAGGCAAGAACGGCACUGUCAUUGUCACCUCCACUGCCCCUUGCUUCAGCUGCCUCCACGGUAGCUCUACCAUCCCUGUCUCCGUCCCUAGCAAGACCCCCGGUGCUUCCGGCGUUGUUGGCGGCGGCUCUGGCUCAGGCUCUGGAUCCUCCGGCUCUGGCUCAGGCUCUGGAUCUUCCGGCUCUGGCUCUGGAUCUUCUGGCUCCGGCUCUGGCUCCGGCUCUGGCUCUGGCUCUGGCUCUGGCUCCGGCUCGGGCUCCGGCUCUGGCUCUGGCAACACCCCUGCUUCCCCCAGCUCUACCGGCUUCACCCCAUCCAACCCCGGCUCCAAGGUCACCAUUCCCCAGGUCGGUGCUAUGGGCGCUGCUAUGGCCUACGGUGCUGUCAUGUUCCUGGCAUAA